CAAGAUAUGUCCCGCCUACACUGCAGGGAUUGGCCCAGUCUUAUCAGUGUAGCUUUCUGUUGGCCUGUUUUAGUGUCAUUCAACCUGUCUCUUUGAUAACGCAUCGAGGUGUAGACUGUGUCGAUAGACGCGAUACAGCGCGGAUGUACGGAUGCGUGCGUGGAUUUAAACAAGGAAAGGAAAAGCACCGGGUUAUGCUCUGCUCACAUCACAAUGGGCGAGGGACAGACCUACGUGAAGCUGAGCGCCGAGAAGCACAUCUCCAGGUCUGACGUCUUCUCGCUGCUCAGGACCUAUAACUGUUACCACGAGGGCAAGAACUUCCAGCUGAGAGCCCUGGAGGAGACAGGAGAGCUCAUCCUGGAGGGCUUGCUGAACAUCUACUGGGGUCUCCGGCGACCCAUACGGCUGCAGAUGCACGACGACAACGAGAGAUUCUGUCCUUCUGCUCCCGGACUCAACCGGAAAGAGAAAAAUGCAGCGGUAAAGCAGUUGACCGCUGAGUCUAACAACAACUCAGAUGGCACACAGACUGAACCAGACCCAACCAGAGGCGCCAGGAGGGGUCUAGAGGAGGAGGAGGUGCAGGUGGAGGAGGAUGCCCCUCAGCUGCUGCGGACGCGGAGCGACGCCUCCUUCAUGGAGGUGCUGAGGAGGGUGAAGACGCACAGCAACGCCCGCGACCUGCAGCGCCUCCGCACGCACCGCUUCUCCAUCAACGGACACUUCUACAACCACAAGACCUCUGUGUUUACUCCGGCCUACGGCUCAGUGACCAACGUGCGCGUCAACAGCUCCAUGACGACCCUCCAGGUGCUGGACCUGCUGCUCCACAAGUUCAGGGUAGAGAAUGCAUCGGACGACUUUGUCCUCUAUAUGGUGCAUGAGUCUGGUGAGAGGACACAGCUGAGAGAUGGGGAGUACCCACUGGUUGCCCGUGUCCUCUAUGGACCCUGUGAGAAAGUAUCCAGAAUAUUCAUCAUGGAGGCUGACCUGGGAGAAGAAGUGACCUACGAUGUGGCCCAGUACAUCAAGUUUGAGAUCCCCGUUCUCGACAGCUUUGUGGAGAAGCUGAAAGAGGAAGAGGAGCGGGAGAUAUCGAAACUGACCAAGAAAUACACCGCUCUGAAGUCAAAUAUCCUGCAUCAACUUGAGGACAAGGCUCUCUCCAGUGACACGGUUUAAAUUGAGGAGUGCCUCCAGGCUUGCACUGUGGGUGUGUGUGUGUUUGUGUGUGUGUGUGUGUGUGUGUGUGUGUGUGUGUGUGUGUGUGUGUGUGUGUGUGUGUGUGUGUGUGUGUGUGUGUGUGUGUGUGUGUGUGUGUGUGUGUUUGCGUGUGUGUGUGUAUGUGCGUGCGUGUAUAUGCGUGUGUGUGUUUGCGUGAGAGAAAGAGAGACCUUGCAAUAUUGCUGCUAGUUGACUGCUAAAGAGAUCCAACCACGCAAAGGCUGCGAUAAUUUUUUGAAUUUGUAAAAUUUAAUUCAUAGAAUACAUUUAAGAAUGUAAGAUUUGUAUUCUGUAUUUUCCAUGUUAUUCUGAUUAAAAAAUCAUUUUUCACUAUA